AUGUGUGGGAGGGCUCGCUGUACUGUCAGAGCCGACGACAUCCCUAGGGCUUGCCACCGCAGCCAUGGCCCCGUCCGUACUGUUAACAUGGACCGGUUUCGCCCGCUGUUCAAUGCGUCGCCGGGGUCGAAUUUGCCUGUUGUUCGUAGAGAAGACGGAGCAGACGGCGACGGCGUUGUUGUUCACUGUAUGAAAUGGGGGCUGAUCCCUAGUUUCACCAAGAAAACCGAGAAGCCCGAUCACUAUAAGAUGUUUAAUGCUAGGUCUGAGUCCAUUUGCGAAAAGGCCUCUUUUCGACGUCUAAUUCCUAAAAACCGCUGCCUCAUUGCAGUUGAAGGAUUUUAUGAAUGGAAAAAAGAUGGUUCUAAAAAGCAGCCUUACUACGUCCACUUUAAUGACGGCCGACCGCUUCUGUUUGCUGCUCUUUAUGAUUCUUGGGAGAACUCUGAAGGCGAGAAACUUUACACCUUCACUAUCAUUACAACGUCUUCAUCUUCAGCUCUAGGGUGGCUGCAUGACAGGAUGCCUGUUAUUUUGGGUGACAAGGGAUCUACCGACUCAUGGCUAAGUGGUUCUUCAACUUCCAAUUUUGAUUCAUUACUUAAACCAUAUGAAGGUCCAGAUUUGGUAUGGUACCCGGUGACACCAGCAAUGGGCAAGGUGUCUUUUGAUGGACCAGAGUGCAUCAAUGAGAUAAAGCUGAAGACAGAGGGGAAUAAUUCAAUCACAAAGUUUUUCAUGUCGAAAGGAACCAAAAAAGAAGAAUUAAACCCAAAGGACACAAGUUUUUACAACUCAUCUGUGAAGAAUGAUUUGCCAAAAAGCGUGAAGGAAGAACCUGAAAGCAAAGAGAAAACAGAACCACCAGCCUCUACAGAAAAAUGUGAGAAUGAUUCAAAGUGUAGUGUCUCUACAUUAUCUCAAGAGGGUGCAUCUAAGGGCCAAACAAAGCGAGACUAUGAAGAGUUUUUGGCUGACUCUAAGCCAGUUGCUUAUGAAACUAGUGAGAUAUCUGCUAGCCCAGCAAAGAAGAAGGUUAACUCGAAGAGUUCUCUUGACAAGCAACCUACCCUAUUUUCGUACUUCGGAAAAAGCUAG